AUGCGGCUGAGUACCAUCCUGCUGGCUAUUACAGUCGCUGCUCUCGCUAGUGCGAUCGGUGCUGCAACGACCAACCUCUCCAAGACCGCUUCCAUCAAGCUUGAAUUCUCGUCUGUUGCCGCUCACGCCAAUAUCAACACCCAGCGACGUUUGAGAAAGCAUGAUAGCCAACUCGAUCAACACACAGAAAGCGAAGAGAGAGCAGGCAUUAGUACGUGGCUGUCUGAGAAUAUGUCUAAACUUAAGACCUUUUUCAACAACGUUGACGAGAUGGACGACAAGGCAGCGCAGAUUCUUAAGGGUAAAACCCCAGAAGAAGCGGAGGUAAUCUACACCAAACAUAUCGACAAGAUAUUGCCCCUGCUUCAAGGGAUGGACAGAAAAGGAAUCACUCCGGAAAAUCUAGCAAAACAACCCCAGUUUAAGGAACUGGGAAAUGAGGAGGCUAAAUACCUGAAGCAGUUUUUCGAUGUGUAUUGGAAGACUUUCAAAAAUGGCUGA